GAUGCCUCCAUUUCAGACCCGAGAGAAGAAGAGACGUUGUGCAGAGCGAGGGCCUGAACGCAGGACGCAGCUCUGCUGUUGUUGUUCCCUGUCCCCCGCUCCCUGUCACCCCACCGCCAUCCACCAUUAAUCCAACCCCUCCCCAACAAUACGCCCUCCACCCUGCGUCUGGAAGAAAAAAGCCUAAACCCAACACAGUGCCAGCGUCUCCCUCCCGCUCCCCCCCUGCUCCAGAGGAGGUUGAUAAAUCUCAGGAGAGGGAGGAAGCUGUGGCGUCAGUCAACGAGCCGGACUCAGAGCUGCAGCUCAGGCCUGUUGGGUCCGAGCGCUCAGCGUCACCGCCCCCCCUCUCACACGGGUCGCUCUCAGAUCUAAGUCGUCCACCUUCCAGUUUAUUCAGCCGCAGCACAAACCUAACCAGCGGCAGGAGCAGUGUCCUGUCUGCAGCAGUUACCAGGGACUUAGACCCAGAGGGCUGCGGCUGUUCCUCUCCACCUUCACCAGCGAUGCAGUUACCUCUGCUGCCUUCUCACCCUCCAGCAGGAUCCAACCCUCCUCCACCCUCUAUGAACAUCACCACCACCACCAACCCUCCACUCUGCGAGCCGCUCUUCGGCCAAACCAAACCACUCUCAUCCCGCCCGACUUCAGGCCUCCGCCUCAACUCAGGCAAACCUCUGAGCGGUCGCAGAAGCACAAAGAGUCUCCAGCAGGAUGCUUCCGCAGAUCUUUACCCGUCCUUGGACUCAGACCGUGGCCUUGUCACGCUGGCGUUCCCCUCGGCUACCUGGUCUUCCUGCCCAAGUCCACAGACGACCACUCCCCGCUCAGGGUCAGUGGCAGAUCUGACCCCUUCCCCUCCUUUGAGUCGGCUGGACUCCGCCCGCUGGCCUGUUCUGCCUCCCAUCUCCCCCUUCAGAGGACGCUGUGGCACAGCGGCGUCGCGCUACUCGGAGGUCAGCUGUAGUCGCUCUCACGUGUUCGAUGAACUGGAGGCCAUCGCCCCGCCGUCUAUUUCCUGUCCGUCCUUGGAGCAGGCGUCAGACUCUUCAGGCUGCUCUUCACCUCACAGAG